UUCAUCCAAACGCAAAGCAUCUAGGCAGACAGGCAGUAGCAAAGGCGAGGGUUUCUAACACUUUUCCCCUAAUCUCUUUUUUCUUCCCAAAUUCUUUUGUUUCCGAAACCUUGUGGGCUGAAUUGGAAUUCAAAUCGAAGAUCGAUUUUAACUUCUGUUUCCGGUUUAAUGGCGAGUCGUCGUCGGAGAAAAUCCGAAGCGGAUGCCGGAAGGGAUCUGAUAAGUGAACUACCCGCAGAAGUGAAGGAAAGGAUUUUGGAGUGUUUGUCUGUUCAAGAGGCUGCCAGAACUGCUCUGCUCUCAACUCACUGGAACAAUGUUUGGGUGCGGCAUGGGCGACUUGUGUUUGAUUGGUGCUUCUUCGGAUCCUUCUCAAAGGACAAAGGUGAGAAAGGUAUAGCUCCUAUUAACAAAAUAGAUGAUAUUCUAAUGUUCCAUGCUGGACCGGUUAAGAAAUUUACUCUACACUACGCAUGGCAUCAUUGUCUUCUCCCGCAGUCUGAAUUAGAUAGGUGGUGUCGUUUUCUUUCGAGAAAUGGUUUACAGGAGCUUAGCUUGUAUAUUUCGCGUAAACAUAUGGUGCCAUCGUGUAUAUUCUCGUGCCGGACAAUUAAGCCACUGUUUCUGGGCAAUUUCAUUUUUGAUUCUCCGUUCCCUAAUUGUAUAUUUCCCAGUGUCACUUCAUUAACUUUCAAGAAUGUUGAAUUUAGUGAUAAUAUUAAAGGGAAUUCUAUACACAAUCCUGAAGAAAUAGACACAGUGACAUUCCCAACCGCAAUAAAUUUGCAAGUGAUUGAGCUGUAUAAUUUAAAUGUUUCAUGUCAAGAGCGGCUUGCCUUAGUUUUGCAGUUGCUUCAACAUUCCCCCAACCUAUGUGAGCUGAAGAUUACGCUAGCAGAUGGUGAUGGUACAGAUCUGAAGAUUCUUAACACAAUCAUGAUUGAUUGGUUUAGUGGAUCUACACCCGAAAAGCUUUUUGUGAAAAUGUUGCUCUUGAAAUCCCCUGCACUAGAGAGAGUUUUAAUACAGGAAGGUGAAGAUAUUGAAACCUCUGUAGCCUUCAAAAGCCUAAGGGAGUUGUUGCGUUUUCCACGUGCAUCUCCGAAAGCCCAGAUUGUUUGUAUGGAAUACGACAUGGAAUGGGACGACUAUGAGGAGCCCAGACUAUUUGAUUACAUAAGCUCCAUGGGUUCAAUUUUGAUGCAACCUAGAAAUGUAAGCAAUGGUUGUGGUGGAAGUUGAAAUCCGGUAAGAUAAGGAUGCCGCACCUUGUUUCCUUCGUUGUUCAGUAAGUAUUAUGUUGUAAUGUAUUUUGAAUCUAUAAGCAGUCAUUGAGAGUGGUUCUACAUAACUCGUCGUUGGUUAUUUUUGGGGAACUCCAGUCCGUACCCAAUAAUAUUCAGGCAUGAGAAAUGGGGUUUGGCUACUAUGCGUUAUAAGGGACUCAAAUGAUUGUUUUAUUGCUGCUAAGAAAAUGCCAUGGCAUGGGCUCUUCAAACCUGGGGAAGCAGAAUCUAAUUGUCAAUGAUGUUAGGGAAUUAGCUAGAGCAUUUUCUAUUCUUUGUUUUUGUUUGUUAAAACGAUCUGUGAAUAGAAUUGUCCAUUUGUUA